AUGUCCGUGACACGCCUGGGCGGAACGCUGGCGACAUUUGCGUCAGGCGGGCUGGCAUUGUCUCUGUGUGUCUCUGCUCGUCCCACGCGGCGGCAUCCAGGGCAGCGGCGGGCAGGGCGGAGCGAAAGUGAAAGCAAGCCGCGCGGCGGGUCGUGGGCGGCGGCGGCGGCGCUUCCCGCGCGCCUCCGUCCGUUUCGACACCGCAAGAAACUCACGCACCACACGACUCGGCACGUGAUGAGGAUCGCGACAGCAUGGCGGCUGGCGGCGCUGCUGCUGGCCACGACAGCGGCGGCCACAGCGGCGGCGGCGGACUCUGAGGACUGGUCGUGGGGCGGCGGCCGCGACGCCAGGACGCAGCAGCUGGCGCCCUCCGCCCCCACGGCGGCCGCCUCCGCCCCCGGCGCUGGCGUCCCGCCCUCGGCCGCUGACGCAGGCGUGCUGCAGCAGGUGGUGGACUCGAUCCUGCAGUCUGGCCGACAGGGCCGCAACCUGGACGGCUACGACGACGUGUACAGCGACCCCAACGUGCAGCACGCGCUCACCGCCGGCAACGACACGCAGGCGCGCCACUACAUCCGCGAGCGCCUCUGCAACCUGGGACUCAUGGCGUGCGACGACGUGGUGCCGAAGCGGCCGUACGUGGAGCCGCACGAGCUGAUCUACGCGCAGCCCGUGGCCAUCAAGCCGGUGGGGCAGCCGAUCCCGGCGGUGCCGGUGCGUGGGCCCCCCAAGAGGCUGCCGCCCCCGCACCACAUCCCCCACAUCCCCCACGUCCCCCACAGACCCCCGCGCCCCUACCCGCCCGUGCCCGGACCCAUCUACGGAGCGCCUAAGCCGCUGCCACCGCCCGUCUACGAGCACGGCUUCGACGGCCCGGUGGCAUCGCUGCCGCCCCUGAGGCCGCCCACCAAGGGCCCCAUCGACGUGGUCGUGAACUCGCACAGCGGCGUGCAGCAGCACGUGCACCACCACUACCACCACGGCGAGGCGGGAGCCGCGAUCGUGAAGCCGGUGCCGCUGCUCGACCACCAGCCGGCCACCGGGCCCGCCUCCUUCUACGAGCCGGGCCACACGUACGGAACAAGCGCGCCGGGCGGCGGCUUCACCGGGAGCUUCGCCGGCGGCAGCGGGGGGAGCUUCAGCGGCAGCUACGGCGGCAGCAGCAGCGGCAGCUUCAGCGGCGGCUACGGCGGAGUCGGCGUCGGUCCCUUCUACAAGAAGGAGCUCUCCCUCAAGGCACCUCUCAGCGGUAACGGCCUGGGUUCGUCGUACGCGGGCAGCGGCGGCGGCAGCAGCGCCGCCUACGAGACGCCUCGCGCCGAUGGCGGCUACUAUACGCAGGACUGCGUGUGUGUGCCGUUGGAGCAGUGCCACGAUUUCGGCCGCAAGGAAGACGGCCUGCUGAUCGACCCGCGCAACCUGCCCUCCACGAUCGAGGCCAUCGACGACGGCGCCGUCUACGUCACCGACGCCAACGGCACUGUGGUGUCCGUGACGCGGCACGCCAAGAGGGACGGAGAGGCCUCCAACGCGACUGCCGCAGACGACCAGGAGGCGGCAACGAGAAGCAGGCGGCGCCGGGACGCCGAAGAGAACAGCAAUGUCCAGCCGCGUGAGGUGACGGAAGACCCGGAUGUGGCCAGCACAUCUGAGUCCGAUGCCAGUGGCGGUUCUGUAGACGCACGCCUGCUAGGCGAAGACAGCAACGUCAAGCUGAAACCCACGUUCGGAGUGUCGUUCGGUCUGCCUCAGGGAGGAGGAGGAGGUUAUCCCUUGAACCCGUUCGGUCCCAACCCUGCCAUCAACCCAUACGGCGGCUCCGUCGGUGGUCCCGGAGGCAUCAACCUCGGGCUCGUCAGUGUGAACCCGCUAGUGUCCGUGCAGGUGACCAAAGACGAGUACGGAGACAAGGUGGUGAAGCCUCUCGUCAACCUGCACGUCACCCCCAACCCGGGCCUCGUCCACAAGCUGGGCAGCCUCCUGCACGGCGGCUUCCACAAGCCCGGCUACGGCCUCUUCCACAAGCCAGGAUUCCCCUCCUACGUUAAGCACGAUCACGAUCACCACCAUCAUCACGUGCACGUUUCCAAGCCCGCACCGGUCUAUCACAAACCACAUUACUACUACCCGCCCAAGCCCUACUAUCCGUACAAACCAGCGCAUUACUCGAAUGGCUACUAUCAGUCUGGGCCCAGCUAUUACGGCCAAAAUUACUACGACGCCUACCGCACGAACGACGACGAUGUGGAGGAAGGCAGUGACGAAAGCGCCCCUUACUACUCUGAGAGUGACGGCUACGCCCCGUCUGGAGGCUACAUUGACGACGACGAGGACGCCUACUACGGGCGCAACAGCCGCUCCAACAUCUCCGCAGGGCAGACCCGGGGCAGCGGCGUGGCCUUUCCCAGUGACAGACGCAGCUUCACCGAAGCCGACGACUACGACGACAAACAGGCGUUUGGCGGCCGGUGCGGCCCGCGGCUGGUGUGCUGCCGCCGGCCGUCGCAGCCCGCCUACCGCCCCUCGCAGGCCGGCCAGUGCGGACGCAGGAACGCGCACGGCAUCAACGGACGCAUCAAGACACCCGUCUACGUCGACGGCGAGAGCGAGUUCGGCGAGUACCCAUGGCAGGUGGCCAUCUUGAAGAAGGAUUCCCAGGAGAGCGUCUACGUGUGCGGUGGCACCGUCAUCGAUGAGCUGCACAUCCUCACUGCCGCCCACUGCGUCAAGUCGUACUCGCCGUACGACCUGCGCGUGCGCGCGGGCGAGUGGGACGUGAACCACGACGUGGAGUUCUACCCGCACGUGGAGCGCGACGUGGCGCAGGUGCAGGUGCACCCCGAGUUCUACGCGGGCACGCUCUACAACGACCUGGCCGUGCUGCGCCUCGCCUCGCCGCUCGACUUGGCGCGGUCGCCGCACAUCUCCCCCGCCUGCCUGCCGCCGCCGGGCGCCGACUUCUCGGGCCAGCGCUGCUGGGCCACCGGCUGGGGCAAGGACGCCUUCGGCGACUACGGAAAAUACCAGAAUAUACUCAAGGAGGUGGAAGUGCCCAUCCUGCCGUUCCACCAGUGCCAGUCGCUGCUCCAGCAGACCAGGCUCGGCUUCGACUUCCGCCUUCAUAACGGAUUCCUCUGUGCCGGAGGAGAAGAGGGCAAAGACGCCUGCAAGGGCGACGGCGGCGGGCCGCUGGUGUGCGAGCGCGGCGGCGUGUGGCACGUGGCCGGCGUCGUCAGCUGGGGCGUCGGCUGCGGGCAGCGCGGAGUCCCCGGCGUCUACGUGAACGUGGCGCGCUACAACGACUGGAUACGGCGCGCCACCGGGAAGUACUGAGGCCACUGCCCGCCCACCCACUCACACACCGUGUAAUCGUCUGCUCACACAUCGUUAAUUUAUUUGUUGCUUCAACACCAACUAUUGUUUCUGGAUUCAAGGCCGUGCCAUUGGCUACAAAUAGACAGUCUCAAUGCCCCGGUCUGGAAUUCGGGAGCACCAAGUACUGCAUGUUACAUGCACUCUCUAUUGUUUAUCAGUAAUUUUAAGGACUAGUAUGUACUCAAUGUUUAAAGUAAAU